UAGAAAGGGGCGGGAAGGCAGAGAGGUCAUGGAGCUGUUGCAUUGUGGGAAAACACGUGUUCCAGCCGAGAAGAAACGGAGAUUUCGCCGCCAUGUCGUCCAAGAAGAAGCAGGACGGCGAUGAGCGCUUCCUCCGGGUGCAGAAGGACCCGCGCUUCUGGGAAAUGCCGGAGAGAGAGCGCAAGAUCAAGAUCGACAAACGCUUCCAGUCCAUGUUCCACGACGAGCGCUUCAAGGUGAAGUACACGGUGGACAAACGAGGACGUCCCAUCAGCCACACCUCCACCGACGACCUGAAGCGUUUCUACAAACUGUCCGACUCCGAAGAAGAGGAGGAGGAGACUGAGGGGAAGAAGAAGAAGAAGAAGAAAGGGAAGGAGAAGGUGGUGAAAGCUGAGAGAGACGUGAAGACAGGAGGUGGGCCUGGACGAGGAGUCAGAGCGGUGGAGGAUGAAGACGAUGAAGACGAUGAGGAGCAGCAGGAGGAGGAGGAGGACGAUGUUGAACUUGGAGAUGAUGUCUCAGUCGGCAGCGAGGAGGAGGAGGAAGACGACGAUGCAGAGGAGGAGGAGAGCGACAUUGGAUCAGAGGAGGAGGAGUCCGGUCUGGAUUCAGAGGACAGCGACAGCGACAGUGGGCCGGAUCUGGCCAGAGGGAAGGGAAACAUCGAGACCAGCUCAGACGAAGAUGACGACGACGACGUGGACGCCAUCCUGAGGAAGGAGGAAGAGGAGAUCGAACACGACUGGGGAGAAAUGUGCAAAGACGCUCCGCGAAGCGACGAGGUCUCUGCUCGACUCGCCGUCUGCAACAUGGACUGGGACCGGAUGAAGGCCAGAGACCUGCUGGCCCUGUUCAACUCCUUCACUCCUAAAGGAGGAGCUGUGCUGUCUGUCAAGAUUUACCCGUCAGAGUUUGGGAAGGAGAGGCUGAAGGUGGAGGAGACUCAGGGACCGCUGGAGCUGAAGACGCUGCCCGACGACUCGGAGGACGACACUGAGGAGGAGAGGGUUUACAGGGAGAAGAUGCGCGACUACCAGUUCAAGCGUCUCAAGUAUUACUACGCCGUGGUGGAGUGCGACUCGACCGCCACUGCCGCCAAGAUCUACGAGGAGUGCGACGGCUACGAGUACGAGAGCAGCUGCUCCGUCCUCGACCUGCGGUUUGUUCCUGAUGAAGUCACGUUUGAUGAGGAGCCCAAAGACGUCGCAACGGACGUGAACCUGACGUCCUACACCCCCAAACUGUUCACCUCCUCCGCCACCUCCACCUCGAAGGUGCAGCUGACCUGGGACGAGACGGACCACGACCGGGUCGCCGCCCUCAACAGGAAGUUCAACAAGGACGAGCUGCUGCAGAUGGACUUCAACGCCUACCUGGCCUCCUCCAGCGAAGAGGAGGAGGAAGAUGGAGGAGUCGAGGGUGGAGACGCUGACGCAGCAGAGGAGAAACAGACGGAGGAGGAGAAACCACAGAGGGAGGAAGAGAGGAGGAAGAAGAAGAGUGAGGAGCAGAUCUCUAAAUACAGACAGCUGCUGAGAGGAAUCCAGGACAAAGAGAAGAAGCUGCAGGAAGACAAAGACAUGGAGAUGGAGAUCACCUGGGUGCCAGGGCUGAAGGAGACGACGGAGCAGCUGGUGAAGAAGAAGCUGGAAGAGAAGGAGAAGCUGACGCCGUGGGAGGAGUUCCUGCAGAGGAAGAAGGAGAAGAAGAAGCAGAAGAAGAAGUCUCAGAUGAAACAGGAGGAGGAGGAGGAGGAGGAGGAGCUGAGCGAUGAUGAGCUUCCUCCAGAUGUUGACCUCAGUGACCCCUUCUUCGCAGAGGAGCUCGGUGCAACAGAUCUUAAGAAGAAACAGAAGAAGAAGAAGCAGGAGGAAGAGGAGCGAACAGCCGAGGAGGAAGAGGAGCUGGAGAAACAAAAGGCUGAGAUGGCUCUGCUGAUGGAGGAUGACGCCGACGACGCCAAACACAAACACUUUAACUACGACAAGAUCGUGGAGCAGCAGAACCUGAGCAAGAAGAAGAGGAAGAAGCUGCUGAAGAAAGGCGAGGAGCCGCUGGAGGACGACGGCUUCCAGGUGGACGUUAAAGACCCUCGUUUCCAGGCCAUGUUCACCUCCCACCUGUUCAACCUGGACCCGUCCCACCCCAGCUACAAGAAGACCAAAGCCACUCAGAGCAUCCUGGCCGAGAAGCAGCGCCGGCGAGAGGACGAGCGACGGCAGAAGGAGGACGUCCUCGGCGCUUGGACGACCACGCAGACGGAGUCCACCGCCGCUAAACAGGAAGCGACGGGGAAGAAACGAGAAAGUGACUCUGACGCUCCGACGGCAAAGAAGUCGACGGACCCCGGUCUGUCUCUGCUCGUCAAGUCGAUUAAAAGUAAAACGGAGCAGUUUCAGGCUCGAAAGAAACAGAAGCUGCUGUAGGUUUGACUGAAAACUGACAGACGUGGUGACUGAUAGAAACCGAUGAUGGUUUCUACUGAUGACACAGAAUCACUUUCCUGUGUUCACUGUUUUUAUCAGUUUGUACAGAAAAAGUCAGAACAGUAAUAAAUACUGAAUAAGGAGA